UUAGAAAAAUGAGGGGGGACCUCAUUGAAAUGUACAGAAUAGGGAAAGUGGAUGUGGAGAGGAUAUUUCCACUAGUGGGAGAGUCUAGGACUACAUAUCAUUGCCUCAGAAUUAAAUGACAUUCUUUUAGAAUGAGAUGAGGAGGGAUUUCUUUAGUCAGUGGGUGGUGAAUCUGUGGAAUUCUUUGCCACCGAAGGCUGUGGAAAGAAUUCCCCCCACCAAGUUAGUGGAUAAAUUUAAGGCAGAGAUUGAUACAUUCUUGAUUAGUACAGGUGUCAGAGUUUAUGGGGAAUGGGCAGGAGAAUGGGGUUAGCAGGGAGAGAUAGAUCAGCCAUGGUGGAUUAGACUUGAUGGACUGAAUGGCUUAAUUCUGUUCCUAUCACUUAUGAUCUAUGAUCUUAUGAGGAAUACAAAUUGCAAAAAGGGAGCACGAAAAGAAACAUCCAGAGAUUUCAAAAUCAACAUAAUUUUUAUAGUAUGUAAAAGACAACUGCUGGAGGAACUCGGUGGAUCAGGCAGCACUUGUGGAGGGAAAGGGACAGACAAUAGUUUCGGGUCGGGUCCCUCCGGGUAAAUAUUUCAAUUAUAUGUGGAAUCGAAUGUUAUUAAGGUCAAUCUAGCUUCUUUUAAACAGAUAAUAUGAAUGAAGACGUGUUGAAUAGUUAUAUUCAUAAUUAUAUGUCAAAAUAUUAAAAUUAGCACGUCAAAUUGUCGUUCUUUAAGAAACACGAGAAGCAAUCCAAAAAAUUGUAGACUUUAACGUCUUUGAUUGUGAAAUUAGCAUGUGCAAUUAAGACCAAACACUUUAUUUUGUACAAAUUUGAAAUUGGUCAGAGAGAGCUCAGAUGGAUAAUGCCUGAUGAGCUUGUUUUUUUAAUCCAAUCAUUAGUUUCUGAUCUUCACAGAAGGUUGGAACAUAUUGACAAUUUGAAGUAUGCAUGAAGUGGACUAAUUCUCAUUAUCGGGAAGAAUCUGGCAUGAGGGUUGAAACUGUGCUGUUUUGAAGUGAUGAUAAGCCAUCUUUAAGUGUAGCCAUAGUCAUGCCCUUCGUGGGAAGCAGGAAUAUUAUUUUCUCAUCCAUUUCCCAUAGUGUCAUCUCAGUGGUAUUCUCAAUUAAAGUAGCAUUCCUUCUUCUCCCAGACAUAGAAAAGAGAAGACCCGUGUAACCAUUAUCUCUCAGCGCAAAAUGAAGACACCAAAUAGACCAAAAAUGUGGCAACAAAUUGCAAAGUCACCAAACCACAAAAUAUAAAUAAAACUUUGUAAACUUCAGGAAUCUCAUUGUUCCAGCAAAAAAAAAGAAGUGUUCUUGGAAAAAGAUGGAAAAUUCUCUUUCCCAUGCCUCUUUAAACUUACUGGGUAAUGUUACCAUGUAAAAUCUUUUAAAAUAGUAAAUGAAAAGCAUGUUGGCAUAUUAACAAAAUAACAUCUAAUAUGGAAAAUCUGCUAAUCCAGCAGUAUAGAAGUCUUGAACAUGACAGAUUAACAGAAUGUUAUUAUACCCACCAUGGAGCACUAAGUCUAUAGGUGUCAUCCCUUUAUGUACACACUCAAAUAGCUUUUAAAAGUGAGGAUUUCUGCGGAAGGAUCUGUGAAUGGAUCUCCUAGCUCUGGCUGGGCCGGAGUUCCAGAGUCCCAGCUGCAGGAGCUGUACUGUCAUCUCAUACAAUCGCCCUACACUUUUAAAUCUCUUCUCCACCUGUAAAUCUAGCUACCUAUUGUGCUUGAGUUUGACAUGAUUGUAUUUAUGUAUAGUAUUAUCUGAUUUGAUUGCAAAACAAAGAUUUUCACUGUACCUUGGACGUGAACAAUAAUAUACUUAAACCUAAUUCCUUCUUCCCAGAGAUUCUGCCUAUCCCGCUGAGUUACUCCAGCAUUUUGUGGUCUACCUAAACUUAAACCUAAACCUGACAUCAGCAUUUUCAAAGUUUGAUGGUAAUCAGGUGGCUCCAACAGUACAGUAGAAAUAUAUGUGUAAGUUAACCUUUCUGCAGUCUGAAUGUCAGGUUGAGCUGUAUUGUCAUGGUGGAAAAUGUUCCCAUUUGGCUACCUUUUCAAUAUAAUGGGGUUUUUUUUAACCAAAAAUAAUGUAUUCAAUUAUUUACAAUAAUUCUUCAAUACUAUACUAUUACACUACUAAAUUACCAUCCUUUUUACGGAUGCAUUCCACACGCGGUGUUCAGUGGUCCUGGAAAUCCCCCAAGGGACCCGUGGACACAGCGUAGUCCCUCUCUAAUACCACCUGGGCACGGACGUAACCCCAGAAAAGGGGCAGCAGCCGGCUCGGGCAGAGCCCUCUUCCACCUGGCGCUGUGACUCGCGGAUGUCCAGCUUGGCCAGGCCACCAGGACAUAUUCAGCCCUACCCUCUCCCCUACGCACAGGGUGUCCAAAGAUGAGGAUGGUGGGUGUGAACUCAAUAUAAUGUUGGCAGCAUGGGUGGUUGCUGCCUCCCAGCGUCCUCUGCAAUCCAUUGAUAAACAGGCUCAAGUAUAUUCUCCCAAUGCUGUGAUCAGAUCAAUGCAAGUGGAACUUAUAUGGCUCUACAAUGCAAUAGAAAUUGUAAACACGUCAGGGAUCCUUUCUUUUGGAGUUUAUUUUAGAAAAUGUUUUUUAGAAACUUGAAACAUUAUAUUCUUGAACCAGGUAUUUCAAAAACCUAAUCUUUAAACAUUUCCACCGUAAACGUUAUGUAGAUGUUUAAGUCACUAUUAUUGACACUGAAAGGGUGAAUGAUUGAUGGCACUGAGGGUACAGAUCAUUUUAUUGGUUGAAUCUUUUGCCAACGGAUUUUGUCGAACGAUUUCGUAUCGUAAAAUUUACAAUGGGUUAAUUUGAUCGUAGAAUUGGAGAAAUGGAUAGAAAUGCAAUUUUUAUAAAUAUGUGCACUUACAUUGCUACAGCGGCGGAGAUGUGCUAAAACAUACCAAUCUGGGAAAGCAUUAACUAUUUUCGGCUAACAAUUGAGGGUGCUGCAGCUGUAAUUCUGAGCGGGGAUUCAGUAACGCCUUUUCCUGGUUGUUGCUUCAGCGUCUUGCUCUUUCACUUCCAAGGAGAAGGUGAGCGUCACUGAGCACUGAUGUCACUGGCGCUCCCCUCCCCCGUGCCUAUCAUUCCUCCCAGAUGCAGUGAAAGUGAAUACACUGUAUCUUUUAUCUGUAUCAGAACCCAGCCGUUACCCUUUCAAGAUUGAUACAAUGCAUUAUUCGGAAACGACGUCCUUCUGCACGAAGUAAUGUACGUUUUGAGUAAAUCGCUGUUUUUGCUUCUUGCCAUUUGACGAUCUAUUUUCGAGUAAGGCAUGAAGAAGGGGUUUUGCUUUGAAACGAGGACAGUUAAAGGUGGAUCUGCUGGUGUUUGAAUGUUGAUAAUGGAGCUAAGCAGGAUGAGCAGUCGUUGAGCAGUGAAGAAUUUGAACUCAGUGACUCCACAUGGAUGUCAGUCGAUCGCAUGAACUCUGACCAAAGCUCUACCCUGGAAGAGAGAAUGCAUAGUCCACAGAACCUAGACAGCCAUCAGGAUGAAGAUUCAUCUGUGGAAUGUUUCAAUGGCAAUGACCCCUUGGUGCUUAAUUCUAAUGCUGCGGAGGGUCUCUGUGGGGCAAUGUACACAAGCAUGGGAGACAUUAAUGGCAAUGGCUCAGCCAAUCUAGACCACCCUGCUAACCAGGAUGAACAACCAAUAAACCUAAGUGACAGUCCUCUAUCAGUCCAGGUAACACCAGACUAUGGCACAGAUAACAGCAGUAAUGGAAGAAGAAACCGGGUUAAAUAUACAGUUAAUGAGAUUAAAAUGGAACGAGAUUCAAGAGAUUCGGGAAACAAGUCACCUGCACACAGCUAUUCCAGCUACGAGUCACUUAGAAAUGAAAGCGUUGGAGGUGGCCCUGAAGAUCUCACUGUGAGUAGAAUUAUUGAAGAUGAUGAUGAUCAAGAUGACCAUGAUGACAUUGAGAAGAUUAUUGAAUCAGAUGGAGCAGAAUCAGAACGUCUAAAAGCUUUUAAUAUGUUUGUGAGGCUGUUUGUAGAUGAAAACUUGGACCGGAUGGUCCCCAUUUCUAAGCAGCCCAAAGAAAAGAUCCAGGCAAUAAUUGAAUCAUGCAGCCGGCAAUUCCCUGAAUAUCAGGAGCGUGCCCGGAAGCGUAUACGUACUUACCUCAAGUCCUGCAGGCGGAUGAAAAAGAAUGGUUUUGAGACGUCUCGCCCCAUCCCUUCGCACCUCACUUCUGCAGUAGCAGAGAACAUAUUGGCCACCGCAUGUGAGAGCGAGAGCAGAAAUGCAGCAAAGAGAAUGCGUCUGGAUGUACGUCAACAGCAACAGGAUGAGCCGACGACAGUUGGGAAGCAAUGGACAAGAGACUCUGCCCAAGUUAAUUACACAGCUCCAGCAGUUUCUUACUCUCAAGAUCUGAUGUACAUCAAUGGAAAUACAGGCUAUUACCAUGGUUACACGGGGCUGGGUGGUGGGAAGCAAAAUCCACCUUCCUUAUCAAGUGAUAGCACUAGCAGUGGGCCAGCAGAUCUCAGCGUGAAGAAGUCGCUUGCAUCACACUCCGGAUCCUCCAACAUUAACAAUUCCAAAACUCCACCAGCUCAGCUGAGUCCCACUGAAAUAAAUGCAGUACGACAGCUUGUAGCAGGAUAUAGAGAGUCAGCAGCCUUUUUACUUCGCUCAGCAGAUGAGCUAGAAAACCUGAUUUUGCAACAGAAUUAACUCCAGCCAAACUGCUCACUCUCCUACUGGUAUUAUAUUUCUUGGGAAGAUAUUUCUCUGUUACUGUGCAGGACCACGAGAUAAAGGCUGUCAUAGUCUACCGUCGUGCCCCUGAAUGUGAAACACAUAUUGGACCACCUUUGGUCUUUAAUGAGGAAACAUUACAUUUACAGAGUUAAAUUUCAGUCUGUUCUACUUCAUAUUUUCUAAUUGAAGGAGCAAACAGAUGCGACCUCAAACGUUUAAACAUCUUCAGUGACUGACCACCAAGUAAAAAUGGCAGCAUCAAUAUCGUCUUACUUUCCAAGUGCAAUAUGUUUUAAGGUGCUACUAAUUGUUUAGUUUGGAGAACUUCAUGAGUUGAAGUUAAGGAGACUUUAUACCUGUGGAUAAGAAACGGGUUACAGAAAGUGCUGUAGAGUGGAUUUAGAGUGUUGGCAGCAGGUUUAAUGGUGAUAAGAGCAUGAGAGGGGUGUUUACAAAGCCCAUAUUAUUUAUCAAAUUGGGUUUAUGCCUCAAUCGCAGUUAAUCACCAUCUUUUGUCUCCCUUGUGUUCAGGUAAAUUUAAAUUCUGAUGACUAGUAUGGUGCCUGUGUAAAAUGCAUUGAAAGCAAAAUAGACACGUUGUUUUUAAGAUUGAUUUAAACCUAAAGUUUGUCAGAAAAAUAAAACAAAAAACCUUGUGGACGUAUUUCACUGUAGGUUGUAUAUUUUGCAAGUAACAAUCUGAAAAAUUUGUACAGUUUCAUUUUAGAGAAUUCUAUUACAAGGGUGUCUUGGGACACCUUUUACUGUGGGAUGUAUUUUGCUGUAGGUUGUAUAUUUUGCAAGUAACAAUGUGAAAUCUUUGUACAGUUCCAUUUUACAGAAUUCUAUGAAAGGAAGCCAGGAGACAUUAUUUUGAUGUGAUGUGCAAGUGUGCAGUUUACUGCUAUUUUUUGUUGUUCCCUGAAACCUGUACUGACUGGAUGCAGUUCUCUCACCAUUACCGUGGGUGUACUAUAUUCUGUCAAUUAUUUUGUAAAUUAUUAAUUAUACAUACAUUGAUGUUAAUUUCAGUUGUUUAAGACUAUUUUAUAUGUACCUUCUUGGGGAAAUUGUUUUUUCAUGUUAGAAUAUAAUUUAAAUUUUGUACUUCUGCUGUGCACUUAGUGAAGAGGUAUGUUGGGUUUCCCUGUAUAGUUUCUACACUUGUGAAUUCCUUACAAACUGUCUCAUUCAUGUUGAUUCCCAUUUAUCUUUUGAUAAUUGUAUUUAAUGAAUUGGUAACAUUUUGAGUGUAUGUGAAUUAAUGUUUUUCAAUUUAUUAACAACUCCUGACUGUGAUUGUGAACUGCGUUAUGUGCACUUCGUUCUAUAGUAAUUGGACAGCACUGACAUCUAAGCUUUUUGUAAUGUUUAUUUGAGUGAUUGAUUGAUUGAUAUAUUGUUUAACAAAGUCAAAAUGGUUGGUAUUGUAGGUGAAUAUAAAUGUGGAAAACAGUCACUGCUAUAAUCCAAAUACUUGUGGAUUUUUCCUUCUCUUGCAGCAUAUACCUCAAAUAGAAAGCUGGAACCAAUAAAUAUUGAACAAAAUUAGUUUUGAAACAUAUUGACAGAUAAUGCCAAAAUAUAUUUGUAGUGCAACGUAAGUGCCUUUUCUUUCUGGUUGAACAACUGAUUCUAAUGGAUUCAUUACCAAGAGAAAAAGGCAUCUUUAAUGGCAUCAGUUGUUCACUGGUUUUUUUUAGAGGUCUCACUGCUGCACUGCAAAUUCAUGGUUCUAAAAAUUAUAUAAAUUUUCACUAUGGCACUAGACGUUAAUUGAUUUUUUUUUUCAACAUUUUACAUGCAAAUCAUUUCUAAAAAAAAUAUGUUGUAAUUAUUCUACGUGAAUUAAUUACCGUGUACAGGAGCAUAAAGGUGUUCUCGUUCUAUUCAAAAUAGAAGUUUACAUGAAUCACAAUCAGUUAAUGGAAACCUUCAUUUUGACUGUAUAUGAGUGCCUAAUGAUGUGAUGUGCAUGGGUCAGCUACUCUCAGUCAAUUUACUUGAACAUCAGCGAGGUUAGGGAACUGUUUACUGAGUUCAUUUUCCUUAUAAAGUCUUAACAAAUCACAUGUGGCCUGGAACUACGAAGACCCAGUGCUGUUUAUUUCAAUGUGGAACAAAUGACAAUCAACAUUUCUCUGUGUCAAUUUGUUAUGACAACUAUUUCCAAAUCAUUCCUUGCCAUUGUUGAAAAGCAACCAAGAAUUUCCCAGAUUGACUCGCACUUACAUGAUUGAUGUAUUGCAGACAACGAUGUGGACCCAAGGGCAUUAUUUGUCACUUGACACGAUGUUUUAAGUGUUACUGGGGGAGGUUUCAGUAUCUUUUUUCCAAAUAUUACCAAUUAUUUGUCACUCUCAAUCCCAUCAGGCUUUCUUUGCAGCUGUGCAAUUUAAAGGAACACCUGCACUCUUGCAACUUCAGCAGACUACUGCAAAACAUGCUGAAGGUUGCUUAUUCUGAACUAAGCUUGUAAUCACCAUGGAGAUGUCCAAUGCCAUUUUAGGACCAGACACCCCUUACAAUGUACACUUGAAUGCGCUCCUGCUGAUCUUUGAUUAAAAAAUAGGAACUGGAUCUCUGGCCCAUGGAAAGCUGAGGAGGAACUCACUGCCCAAAGAUCAUAUCCUUCCUCUGAUCUACAAAAAUCAAUGCUUCUGUUUCAGCCUUUGUGAUAAAAUGGCUGUGUAAGAUAUGUUUACUUCUGUCUCGGGGAUCUGCAGCCUUUUAUGUGGUCCCAUUCCUCACCUUCCUUUCUUAACAUAUUCUAGUAUCUGCAACCUUUUGUCCUCACUUGCCACCUCCCAGCCUCUGUUGUUAUCUCCAUCCUUCCCUCACCCUCUUGUUACCUGCUAAUCAACCCCUCCUCACCUGUAUCUACAGACUGCUUUCUAUCCACGCUUUUAGAUGAAGGAUAUCAAUCCAAAACGUCAACUUUCCAGUUCCCCCCACAGAUGCUGCCUGACCCACUCCUCCAGCAGUUUGUUCAUUGCUCAAGAUUCUAGUAUUUGUAGUCUCUUGAGUUUCCAGGUGAGAGUCCUUGUGCCUGCAUCGAUGUGUUGCAGGCUAUAGCAAAAGAGCUCAAUGUUAUUCAAGGUUUCGGGGCGUCUCACUUCUUCAGGGAAGUCCUGCUGGCAUCCUGCCACUCCUGGCUGAGUACUGUGGAUCUCUUCCACCUGGUCUCUGUCACAGAAGCCGGGUCCUGCUAUCACCAUUCUCCUGUCGCUCUGUGCCAUUUUAUAGGGCCCUCCAUUAUGUUUGGGACAAAAACCCACCAUUUAUUUAUUUGCCUCUGUACUCCGCAAUUUGAGAUUUGUAAUAGAAAAAAAAAUCACAUGUGGUUAAAUUGCACAUUGUCAGAUUUUAUUAAAGGGUAUUCUUAUACAUUUUUGUUUCACCAUGUCGAAAUUACAGCUGUGUUUAUGCAUUGUCUGUUGUCUAUAGUCCCCCUCCCCAUUUCAGGGCACCAUAAUGUUUGGGACACAUGGCUUCACAGGUGUUUGUAAAUGCUCAGGUGUGUUUAAUUGCCUCCUUAAUGCAGGUAUUAGAGAGCUCUCAGCACCCAGUCUUUCCUUCAGUUUUUCCAUUUUGGAAACUUUUAUUGCUGUUUUGUUUAUCAAUAUGAGGGCCAAAGUUGUGCCAAUGAAAGUUAAAGAAGCCAUUAUGAUACUGCAAAACAAUAAUAAAACUGUUAGAGACUGUUUGGAACAUCAUUAAGAAGAAAGAGAGCACUGGUGAGCUUACUAAUCCCAAAGGUACUGGCAGGCCAAGGAAGACCUCCACAGCUGAUGACAGAAGAAUUCUCUCUAUAAUAAAGAAAAAUCACCAAGCCCUUGUCCGACAGAUCAGAAACACUCUUCAGGAGUCGGGUGUGGAUUUGUCAAUGAGCACUGCCCUCAGAAAACUUCAUGUCAGAAAUACAGAUGCUACACUGCAAGAUGCAAACCACUUGUUAGCCGCAAAAAUAGGAUGGCCAGGUUACGGUUUGCCAAUAAUUACUUAAAAGAGCAGCCACAGUUCUGGAAAAGGGUCUUGUGGACAGAUGAGACAAAGAUUAACAUAUCAGGGUGAUGGCAAGAGCAAAGUAUGGAGAGAAGGAACUGCCCACGAUCCAAAGCAUGCCGCCUCAUCUGUGAAACACGGUGGCGGGGCUGUUAAGGCAUGGACAUGUAUGGCUGCUGAAGGUACUGGCUCACUUAUCUUCAUUGAUGGUACAACUGCUGAUGGUAGUAGUAAUGAAUUCUGAAGUGUAGACACAUCCUGCUCAAACAAACGCCUCAAAACUCAUUGGCCAGCAGUUCAUUCUACAGCAAGACAAUGAUCCCAAACAUACUGCUUGUAGUGGCAAUUUGGCCUAUUUUGCAUGUCAUUGAGGAUGGCAUGUGCCUUUAAAUUUUAGACUGCCCAUUAUAUUGUGGGUGGGGGUUAUGACAUGUUGUUGGGCUUGUUUGGACCUUAGAUGCUUGCGCAGAAGUUUAGUUUUUAGAUUAGUUUGGAGAGACGAUGGGGAAGGUUAACCCUUCAAUCAUGCGGGCCAUGCCAGAUCUUGCCAGUGUUACGGAGACACGAGGAGUUUUCUAAUGUUUAAAGUAAUAAGUUGGAGCUCGAUGAAGAUUGCAGUAACGUCGGAAGGAGUUUGGAUGUAUUUUACCGUUUUCUAUCAACAAUAAAGCAUUUAUUCAUCAAAAGACUGUGUUUUCAAAAUCUUAUCUGUGAAGAAGCUCUGAAGGUCUGCAUGUGUGAGCUCGCAUGCGUUAGAAGACACCCCCUUCAACCAUUCUCAUCCAAAUAGGGGCUAGGGCACUAAUUACUUGAAAGAUAUGAAAAUCUGCCGCUACACUGCUAAAGCAACAAAGGAGGUUUUCGAAGCAAAAACAUGUCAAUUCUUGAGUGGCCAAGUCAAUCACCCGAUCUGAACCCAAUUGAGCAUGCUUUUUAUAUGCUGAAGAGAAAACUGAAGGAGACUAGCCCCCAAAACAAGCAUGAGCUAAAGAUGGCUGCGAUACAAGCCAGGCAGAGCAUCACCAGAGAAGACACCAAGCAACUGGUGAUUACCAUGAAUCACAGAGUUUAAACAGUCAUUGCAUGCAAAGGAUAUGCAACAAAAUACUAAACAUGACUACUUUCAUUUACAUUACAUUGCUGUGUCCCAAACAUUAUGGUGCCCAGAAAUAGGGGGGCUAUGUAUAAACACUGCUGUAAUUUCUACAUGGUGAAACCAAAAUGUAUAAAAAUGGUCUUUAUUAAAAUCUGACAAUGUGCACUUUAACUACAUGUGAUUUUCUCUGUAACAAAUCUCAAAUUGUGGAGUACAGGGGCAAACAAUUAAAUGAAGGGUCUUUGUCCCAAACACUAUUGACGGCUCUGUAUGUAUAACAUCAUUGUUCCCCUUAAGGACAGGAGCCCUGAUGACACAGUUGCACGGCCCAGUGCCAUCAAAUACAGGAAAUUAAAUGUGAGAUUUUCUAUAACACAUUUUCUGAAAGGAACUAGCUGAGAAAAUAAUCCUUCUGUAAUACCAAUUAUAUGCCCCGUGUUAAAGAAAUAUAAAUGCAACAUUGUUUUAAUGCUUUUGGAAUAUAAAUUUAUUUCUAGGCCUGCAAGCUUUCCUUUGAUUUGCCCACUUCUGAUUAUCUAUCCACUGAGCCGGAAGCAUUUCUUUAGUAAUCGAGCUACAUUCAAUUAAAAAAAAAAGCACAUUUUUAAUUUACUAAGUGAAAUAACUCCUAAUAUUCCUUUGAUGGCUUAACAAGGUUUUUCUGUUGUAGUGUGGAUAUCUGGAGCAGAAAAAAUACCAUGCUCAUUAUCUUUAUUGUGCUGAGCUAGAUUGUCUUAGAGCAGCCAAUUGAUGUCAGCAAUUCUGUGUUAGGCAUGAACCAAUUGGCCAAAGUUGUUCAUGCUGCUGCACCCGCUGAGUUUCUCCAGCAUUUUUGUGUACCUUAGCUUAAACAACUAGGCUGAGCAGUGAAAAACUAGGUGAUGGAGUGGUCUAACUUUUACUGCCAUACCUGGGUGAUGUCUCCCUUGUAAGGAACUGGACGAUGCCUGGGACCUAUAAAUGAAUGGAGUCAAAAGCCAGAGUUUCCAAUUCAUUACUUGCACAAAUCUGUUAGUCCUAAAGAUAUCUGCCUGACACAACACAGUUUUCUAUUUCCUCUUUUAUUUCUAGUUCAAUAAAAAUAUUGGCCCAAAAGUGCAAACUGUCUGUGUUCAUUGCUGAACUAUUGAAGGAAAACAAUCACUUAGUAUGGAUCUCUACUUGCUGGAAAGAAGGUAUCAAUAAAUUAAAGUAACUGAAGUAAUUGACCUUUGUCGAGGGCCAUUGCAAAGGAAUGGUAUUGCAUCGUCAGGGCUGAUUGUCAGUGGGGCUUCAGAUGGAGUUGUACCUCUAAGGUGACAUGAUGUGAAAAAUGAUACAAUGAAAUGGGCAUGAGGAGCCAGAAUGAGGUAUCAAUAAUUAUAAGAGUCUAGGCCAGUGUAUCAUUGUACUCAUCCUUCUUGACGUAAUCCUUUUAGGUUAAUGUACCAGUUUCAGCACUGAAUCCAGAAGCACACCAUUGUACACCAGCUACCCAUUCCUGUGACAAUCCCCAGUAGUGCCCAUUUGGCCUCAUUGACAUAUUUUCUCCCUUCAACAAGGAAUUGUGCAGCCUGAUGACCCCGAGCAUCUCUUUGAGCACGGCAUCAUUAAAACCUUGGAAUGCCUAGACCAUAUCCUUUCUGUUGACUGCUUCUCCCAUGAACUCUACAGUCAAUCAAAUGCAUGGUUACCACCCUUUAAAUAGUGAGUUUGAAAUGGAUUUACACAAUGCUACUCCACCAAAUUGGUUGUGAAAAGGCAGCACUACUCAAACCAGACUGUGCCACCCAAGUGGGAGAUGCAUUGUACCCACAGUGCACACAAGUGGAGUCUGGAGCUGGGUUAUUUGGGAGAGAUUCAAAAUUAGCACAAUACGAGGGAAUUGACUAUGGAUUUCUGAAACUGAAUGUUUUCAUGUAGAAAGUAGAAAGGAGGAUAAAUAGGAUGUCCAACAAGCACUUAAAAAGGACAGAGAAGAUAGUCCUGAGGUCAAUGUAAAAUAAAUUGAGUCCCACAAGCCUGGAUCAGGUGUUGCAAGUUUGAGACUUCAAAUUUGUGGUCAAGGUGAGUCAAAUGGCACAUCCUACCCAAAACAACACCAAAAUCCACAGUUCAAUGCCUCACCUACUGAUAAUCUCUUAUUUGGGACCUGUAUCUGGUUAAUGGCCCCUCACCCCCACUCUGACACAUUUAGCAUUGCUGAGUCCUAAAGAGAUACAAUACUGGAACAUGCACUUCAGCUCACUGGGUCCACACUCAAUUAAUAACCCACUUAAACUAAUUCUGCAUUAAUCUCCAUUUCUUACUCCCCUCGCCCUCACAUUCUCCCAGAUUCUACACCAACACACUACGGAUAAUUUACACAGGCCAAUUAAUUUAACAGCCUGCACAUCAUUGGGAUGUGCACCGGGAGGAAACACAUGCGACCGCAAGGUGGCCAUGCAAACUCCACACAGACAGCACCCAAGGUCAGAAUUAAAUUUGAUGCUGUGAGACAG